GCUUACUUUAACUUUUUAAACCACUAUCGGAAAACCGGUUGCCAACACUUCUAGAAGCACACUGAAAUGGCGAUGGCGACACGGCAGAGACGGCCGCCGAUGCCGUCGGAUCAGUCGGAGUCCAAGCCGUAUUCGAAGCUGAACAAGCCAGAGAAACCGGACGGGAAGGAUAAGGGAGAGGACAGGGGGAUUGGGUGGUUUGUGCCGUUGGUAUGCCUAGGGAUGCUGAGGUACAUGAGCGCUACAACCAACAUAAUACACGACUGCGACGAGACUUUCAAUUACUGGGAGCCUCUUCACUAUCUACUCUACAAGUCUGGCUUCCAGACUUGGGAAUACAGUUCACAGUUUGCUCUGAGGUCGUAUUUGUAUAUUAUUUUUCACAACAUAGUCGGUUUACCUGCAUCCUGGUGGUUUGGUGAAGAAAAAGUAAGAGUAUUUUAUUCAAUAAGAAUUUUUCUUGGCCUUCUAUCUGUCAUCACCGAGUCUGCUCUUGUGGUCGCCCUUUCCUUGAAGUAUGGAAAACGCCUGGCUUCAUAUACAUUAGCCAUGCUAUGCCUAACCAGUGGCUGCUUCUUUGCAAGCACAAGUUUCCUUCCUAGUUCGUUCUCUAUGUAUGGCAUGUCUCUUUCAUCAGCAUUAUUUCUUUUUGAGAAGCCUGCUAUGGCUGUAGCUGUUGCAGCAACUGGAGUUAUUCUUGGUUGGCCCUUUUCAGUAUUAGCAUUUCUUCCAAUCACAAUAUACUCAUUGAUUAGAAGGUUCCGACCAGUAUUCCUCACAGGGGCUGUCACUUCUAUCGUUGUUAUGGCACUCUCAAUACUUGUUGACCAUUUUUACUACAAAAAGUGGACGUCAUCUGUUGUGAAUUUAUUGUGGUACAAUGUCCUAGGAGGCGGUGAAAGUCACCUCUAUGGCACUGAAGGGCCAUUAUUUUAUCUGAGAAAUGGUUUCAAUAAUUUCAACUUCUGCUUUGUACUCGCUCUGCUAUUCGUUGGCAUAUUACCCUUUGCUAAAAAGAAGUAUGCCCCUGAUUUGUUGGUUGUCAUUUCACCUGUAUAUAUCUGGCUUGCUUUUAUGUCAUUACAGCCACACAAAGAAGAAAGGUUCGUAUAUCCAGUUUAUCCACUUAUUUGUGUUGCUGCUUCAGCUGUGAUUGAGAGCUUUCCUGACAUAUUCCAUGAUAAGUAUAAUCCUAAUGACCCAAAUGUGCUUGUUAUGAUAGCAAAAUUUCUUAGACCUGUGGCUCUUGGCUUUAUUUUAUGUGCCUCCCACGCUAGGACAUUCUCUCUGAUUAAUGGUUAUUCUGCUCCGUUAGAGAUUUACAAACAUUUGAGUUAUCAUGAUGAUGUUGGAACAGGCGCUACCCUCUGUGUUGGGAGUGAGUGGCAUCGUUUCCCAUCAUCCUUCUUGGUUCCUAGUUAUGUGGAUAAUGUUCGAUGGUUGGAUGAUGGAUUCAGGGGUCUCCUGCCAUUCCCGUUUAAUUCUAGUUUGGGCGGGACUUCAGCAGCACCAUCUUAUUUCAACAAUAAGAACAAGGCAUCAGACAAGCAAUAUCUCGCCAAUCCAGAAGAGUGUACUUUCCUCGUAGAGCUACAGUUAAAACGGCCUUUUAUGACUCGAGGAAGUGAUCAUUCAAAAUGGGAGGUUGUAGCGGCAUUACCUUAUUUGGAUAGGGAACUGUCGCCUCCCUUAGACCGGUCAUUCUUCAUUCCAUAUCGUUGGCAGCAGCUGAACGUCUUUGGCCUAUACAAGUUACUCAGAAGAACAGAAAAUGAAAGUAGAUGAACACGCAGGACCAUUUUGACAGAGACUGAGGCAAGCUAAUCGUCAGUGACCAUAUUUUGCUUAUCUUUACCUAAUUCAGCUGAUUUUGUAUUGCAAAGUUAUUAGGUGCAUCUUUUGUUGUGUUAUUGCUGAUUAAGUUUUGAAUUGUGAUCAACAGAUAUUUAUGUAUCAAUGGAUUA